AUGUUCUAUUCGAGAUCCAGUCGGCUAUUACGUUUGAGGACUCAUCUUCAUUGUAGUUCUUUAGUCUCUACUCCAGCUCGUAGCAUACGGCGCUGGAACUCCACUAACAAACACGAUGAGCUGUCUCUCUUUUCGCUAGAUUUAGAUUUAACAGAGAUAGAAAAGCCCAAGGAUUUGAACAAUUCUAUUGACAGUCAGGAUCCGCUAGUCGAUUCGCUGGUUGCUCUGCCCUUCAAUGAGCUGUCGAAAAAUGAUAUCUUGACUGAUUUUCUACGAGACACGAAACAUGAUGAACCUGUUGGUCCAUUUGAUAAGAUUCUCGAGGAUUUGGGUUUGGAUGACUAUUCAGAAUUGAGCAAAAAAGAUGAGGGAUGGCGUGAAGGCGCUGGUGAAGCGAACGACGAAUUGGACCAACAUGUAGAUCUGGAAGACAUCGUCAAACAGGAAAAGGACUUAUUCGAAAGCAUAUUUUCUAAGUAUUCUAUGAAAGAAGAUUCCGAAACUAACGAUAAUACCAAAUACGAUCUUCCUGAGCUGGUCCUCUCGACUCUCAACAAAUCCUACACUACACCAGUGAAGCCUUCCAAAUGGAGCUUCUUCUCGCCUCAGCCAACAGCACAAGCAUCAGAAGAGGAGCAAUUAACACGCACCAAAUCUGCUCUUCAAGAAACUCUAGAACAUAUCUCUUCAUUGGGAUCUAGAUCAGAACUCAUGGAGUUUUCCCGCCAGUUCUUCUCUCGAUACCUCUCCAACGAUUAUGAUAAAGACACUUUUGUUUUGCGCAAAAGAAGAGAUGAGUCAAGCGACGAUUACUUGAAUAGACAAAAGGCUGUUUGCCGCGAGAUUGAGGAUGUCAGCCAUCUUACACCAGAGGCACCUCUUCUCACAUCGCUGACAAUGCCUAUCUUGAUGAAUCACAUCAUUACAACGUUCUUGACCAAAUUUUACGAUGCAAGCCUGGCACUCACGCUCUUUAAUUGUUCAAAAGAAAAUCUUGGUUUAUAUACUGUCGUGUGUGAUCAAACCACCUACAACGAAAUACUCAAAGUGUACUGGGUGUUCUACGGAAAAGCAUCCUUGUACGAAGUCGAACUAAUUAUAGUUGAAAUGAUUAACAAUGGCUUCAGAGGAGAUGCUCAAACUUUCGCCAUUUUGAACGAGAUUUUAAAAUCGUACCAUACUAUGAGAAUGGGCCAAUCCGUAUAUAACCCACGCGGUUCGCCAAUCUGGUGUGAGGAGGAUGAGAGAAGAGCCCGGAAUUUGGGGUCUCAAUUGAGAAAAAUCGGCUCACAUCUCAAAGCUCGAUAG